AUGCUUCCACGACCCCGUAUACGCCCCAGCGGCCUCCGCCAGCUCUUCCGCCGCCACAAUGCAACCCCAAAACGCACCGUCACCGCCGCCCCCCGCCCAGGCUCCGGUCCCCUAAUGGAACGCCGCGCCGACCGCGCCCUCCCUACCCUCACCUCCUCGCACCGCUGGCUGCGCACCCUGCCCAUCUUCGCCGUGAUCAUGGUCGCCUCCACGCUGGGUAUCUUCAACUACCAGAAACAAUCCAGCUCCGUGGUGAGCAGUACGCUCUAUGCGCUAAGGACGAACCCGCAAGCGAGAGAGAUUCUGGGGGAUGAGGUGUAUUUUGCGAGUCAGAUUCCGUGGAUUAGGGGGGAGAUCAAUCAGUUGCAUGGGAAGAUCAAUAUUAGUUUUUGGGUGAAGGGGACGAGGGGGAAGGGGUUGAUGAGGUUUAGGAGUGAGAGGAAGACGAGGAUGGGAUAUUUCGAAACGCUGGAGUGGAGUCUUGAGCCAGAAGGUGGCAAGACGAUAUCGUUGCUGCAGACUGAGAGGACAGAUCCGUUCCAGCAGGAGACGGCGGACAAGGUCGCAGUAGCUGCUUGA